AUGCGCCGGAGGGGCGGGAGGCGCCAAAGACUUCCCACUUCCAAGUAUCCUCCCGCCUCCCAGCUUUCGACCAGACAUGGCGGUGGUUUAUCAAAUGCGUAGCCUCAGAGCUUUGCCAGCUCGAGGUGUUUGAGGAUCUCCAACUUGAAGGUGGUCCGUGGACAUACCAGUUCGACGCUGCACUAGGCGACGAGCUACAGCCUUAUCUUAUCGCCUCGCUUUACUAGGAUUACUCAAAAAUAUAUCUCCGUUUCAAUUCUUUCAACAUGGAGGACAAAAAGUUCUCUGAAGUUCAAGGUGGUGGUUCACUGAUACUGGCAUGGCAGAUCAGAAACAAAAGAGUCUUGGUAGUAGGUGGCGGCGAGGUUGCUGCGGGGCGAAUAUUGAAUGUACUCAAUGCGGACGCAAAAGUUACUGUCGUCUCUCCACGAGAAGGAUUAAAUCCGGAAGUCGCAUAUCGAAUCGAGAAAGGACAAGUUGACCACUUGGACCGGAAAUUUGAACCUUCAGACCUUGACAAUGUGGAUAUGGUCUUGACGGCAGUGGAUGAUCCGGAAGCUUCGUCACAAAUAUGGAAGCUCUGCAAAGAGAGAAAGAUUGCUGCGAAUAUUGCAGAUGUGCCACCUGAAUGUGACUUCUAUUUUGGAAGUGUACAUCGGGAUGGUCCUCUCCAAGUUAUGGUUAGCACGAAUGGGAAAGGUCCAAGACUGGCAAACAUAGUGCGGAGGUCGAUAGCAGAGAAUUUGCCAAACAACAUAGGGGAGGCUAUAACAAAGGUCGGAAAGUUGAGACAAAUGCUGAGAAAGGUUGCUCCGGGUCCUGAAGAAGGCCCAAAGCGGAUGUCUUGGAUGAUUAAGGUCAGCGAUGCAUAUAGCUUGGAAGAUCUAUGUGAGAUGACGGAUAAAGACAUGGAGACAUUAUUAGGGUUUUAUGGGCCAGACAAAGUGCCCAGACUAGGUUGCUUGAGGGCGAUGGAAGGGGAGAUAGAUGCCUUUGAUGGAUCCUUUGGGUUCUGCGUUGGAUGGGGAUGAAGCACUCGCUAUGUAAGGUAACUUGUAUGAUCACAGAGCUAGAGAAGUGUACACAGAAGGAGAGUACUAGCUCAUACAUAGUACAUAAUGACACUUAAA